GUAAUUUCAAAAAAAAUUCAAAAAACAGAUUAAUUUCGAAAACCCUAAAGAAAAACUUUCUCAGUUCCAGUUUUCAUAAUUUCUUAAUUUGCAGUAGAAUGGAUGUUCGAAAGUCACCUCGAUUACCAAAGAAUCCAUCUGCUGCUGCUUCAUCUUCUUCCACUGGCCGAGUAGAAGAAAGAGAGGUCCAAGAAGAAGAAGAAAGCAGUAAUCACAGCCAACAGAUCAACAAACUCAUAUCCACUUAUUUUACUCCUCCAAAACUCAAACCCAAUAUUUCUAUUCCAAAACGUCCAGUCUCCAAAUUCAAACCCAAUUCUUCUUCUACAACUACUAAUGUUGAGAAAUCACAGGUGGUUGAAGCUGAGAAACCCAAAAAGAAGAAGAAGAAUGAUGCUGGAGCAGUGAAUGAGAAGAAUCCUCGUCGAGUUUGGACGGAUGCCGAUGAGAUUCUGCUUCUCAAAGAUAUGGCGGAUUAUGUUAAAAGAGGUGAAAACCCUAAUUCUGCAGCUUUUUAUGAAUCUAUCCAGACUAAAAUUAGUGUGGAUGUUAAUUUUGAACAAAUCAGAAAUAAAAUUAAGAAAGCUAGACAGAGAUAUGAAGCAAAAGAAGAUGAAGAGAAGAAAGGAAUAGUGUUGAGGUUUACAACACCUCAUCUCCAGGAAUGUCAUGAAUUGUCAAAGCCCAUAUGGGGGAGUGGUGGUGAACCAGAAGAUGGUGGUGGUGGUGUUGAAGGCAGUGAAACAGUUGGUGUGGAGAAUGAAGAUGAUCUAGAGAUUCGAAAGAGUAAGAGAGAUGAGAAGAGAAAAGCAGCCGAGUCUAAGAAACCUGGAAAGGAAAAUGGUGAAAGGAAAGAUGGUGCUGCAGAGGAACCAGAAGAAGAAGAUGUCCAGAUCCAUGCUGUUGCUGAGAAGGAAAAAGAAGUUGGAGCAGAAAAUGUACAGGUCCAUGCUGAUGCUGAGAAGGAAAAAGAAGUUGAAGCAGAAAAUGUACAUGUCAAUGCUGUUGCUGAGAACCAAAAAGAAGUUGAAGGUGGUCAAACCAAAGAGAAAAACAAGAAGAAGAAUAGAAAAACUGAAGAAAACGUUCAGGUCCAUGCUGAUGCUGAGAAGCAAAAAGAAGUUGCUGAAGCUGGUGAAACCAAAGAGAAAAACAAGAAGAAGAAAAAGAAGAAGAGAAAAGCUGAAAAAAAUGGUCAGGUCCAUGCUGAUGCUGAGAAGCAAAAAGAAGUUGUUGAAGCUGGUGAAAUCAAAGAGAAAAACAAGAAGAAGAAGAGAAAAGCUGAAGAAAAUGUUCAGGUCCAUGCUGAUGCUGAGAAGCAAAAAGAAGUUGAAGCAGAAAAUGUACAUGUCCAUGCUGAUGCUGAAAAGCAAAAAGAAGUUGAAGGUGGUGAAACCAAAGAGAGAAACAAGAAGAAGAAGAAGAAGAGAAAAGCUGGUGCUGGUGAUGCUGACUGUGUGUCUGAAAAUCUGAUUGAACAAUUGGCUAAGGCAGCUUUGGGUUUAGAAAGUUCUCUAAAUGAGGAAACUAAGAAAGCUAUUCAAUCGAUUGAGCCGUCGAAAGUGGCGGCAUUAGAAGAAAAAUGGAAGGAGUUUCAAGUACAAGAGGCGCAGAUGCUCAUGCAAAGGGACGUUUUGGUUCAUGAACUUGCAUCGAUGAUAUCAGAGGCAUCAGUGAGAUGGAAACCAUUUACUGAAAAGAUGCCAUCUGCACAAAUAACUCGGGAUUAAAGAAGUAGCUGAGAGGCAGAGGAAUUGGAAUGCAACCGAAGAUGAAACUUCCCUUGGUUCUCCAGUGCGCCGGAUUGGGGGAACUCUUCAAUCAAAUACACAUUCGAGGUAGACCCUUGCAAGCUUUUACAAGAGCAUAUAUCGUCAGAUUAUUAAACCUACGAGGUUAUUUGGAGAGGCAGAAAAAGAAAAUGACUUCUAUUCAUCUACAACUGCUACUUCAGUAUAUGAAACAUUUCUUCUCACAGUGGCUGAGAUGCUUCGAGAUUCUUUUCCAGCGUCUGACAUAUCUAUGAGUAGAUUGUUGGGUGAAGUCCCUUAUCUGCCAGGGCCAGCAUUUGAUUGUUAGAAUCUUUGUGUUCUCCUGGAAGCAGCGAAAUUACUGACGAGGAAACCCAAAGUGGUGAUAGAGUUGCCCAAGGCCUCAGCGGUGUGUGGAGCUUGAUUUUGCAAAGACUUCCUAUUUGAGAUGUCUGCUUGAAAAUUGCUUUACAUGUGAUCUCUGAGCUGUUGGCAUCCUGCUUGAAAUUGUGAUCCAAAUGAGGAGAAAGUAGAACCACUUUUUGGUCUACCCUUAUUACCUUGUUAAAUGAGUCGUGUUAACUGAAUGUUCUCUUUUUUACCUUCCCAACCUUCUCAGAGUGCAGUCCAUCAGUUGGAAGAAGUACGGAUGAAGGCAAUAGUCUGGUAGUAAACAAGCUUUAGCCAAUAUCAUCCAUGGCUCAGCAAAUCGAAGACUUCGGUAGGGAAAUGCUUCUCUGGGUAACAAAAAGAAAUGCUACAGAAGGAUUGGAUGCUGAAGGACCAACCCCUGAAGCACAAAAGGUCAAAGGCUACAAACAGAGCUAAUGAUGCUUCAAAUACCCAUCACUCAUCAGCCAUGCUCAACCUCAAAUACGCCAACAUCCUUGAUCUUUGAGGCGCAGCGGCGCAUGUCUCUCUACUUCGCUCUCUGUACCGAGUAUCACUGUUUCGCUCAUUGAACAAACUCUGAUGAGAUACCACAGAAACGCUCACUUUUAGGGAAAUUUUUAUUAUUUAUAAAAGCAUUCCGAAGGCUGUGACUGAGGCAGUUCAUCACCGUAUUCCAAUAUUAGUUCGCACAGUAGGAUCUUCACCGAGAUUCUUGCAAUUAUUUCAGAUUCCCCUUCUGGCCAUGAGAGCCUUCUAUCACAGGUAUUACAUAUAUUAACGGAUGGAACAGUUCCUUCACCAGAUUUAGUAUCCACUGUCAGAAAGUUAUGACUUGAAACUAAAGGAUGUUGGAAUUCUCAUUCCAGUAAUAUCAUCUCUACCAGAAGACAAGGUGUUACCAAUUUUUCCUAAGCUUGUCAACCUUCCGGCAGAUAAGUUUUAAACUACACCUGCUCGCAUGCUGCAGGGAUCAUCUCAUUCAAGUUCAGUACUUCCCAGCUGAAGUCUUAAUUGCAAUUCAUGGAAUUGUUCCUGAGAGAGAUGGGAAUCAUGGGAUUGCCAUGAAAAAGG